AUGGCUACCGUCAAUAUCCGCCGGGAUGUUACCGAUCCCUUCUACCGCUACAAGAUGGAAAAGAUCCAGUCCAAGAUCGAAGGCAAGGGCAACGGUAUCAAGACCGUCAUUGUCAACCUUCCCUCGGUCGCCCACUCGCUCAGCCGUCCCCCUUCGUACGUGAUCAAGUACUUCGGUUUCGAGUUGGGUGCCCAGGCCAACGCCAAGCCUUCCGACGAUCGCUGGAUCAUCAAUGGUGCCCAUGAUGCUUCCAAGCUCCAGGACUACCUUGAUGGAUUCAUCUCCAAGUUUGUUCUCUGCAAGAAGUGCAAGAACCCAGAGACUGAUGUCAACAUCAAGGAUGAGAAGAUCACCCUGGAUUGUAAGGCCUGCGGUCAGCGGACCGACGUUGAUCCUCGUCUGAAGCUGAGCACCUUCAUCGUCCGUAACAACCCCAAGGGUGGCAAGAAGGAAAAGAAGGACAAGAAGGCUCGCCGCGAGCAGAAGAAGGAGAAAUCCGCUGCCAACGGCGAGGACGCCAGCCCCGGCGACAGCAACAACUCUGAGAAUGGUUCCUCCAACGGUGACGCCGAAGAUGCUGGCAGCGAUGACGAAUUGACUCGCCGCAUCAAGGCCGAGGCCGAGAACAUCGAGGUCGAGAAGGAGAUCAAGGAUGAUGACUGGGCCUUCGAUGUCUCUGAGGAGGCCGUCAAGGCUCGUGCCAAGGAGCUUCCUUCGGACCUCAAACGGUCCCUCGUCCUUGAAGACGAAGACGAUGAGGCUGACGGUCCUUCCUCGUACGAGCAGCUCGGUAGCUGGAUCGUCGAGACCGCCGAGGAGAAGGGUGGUGUCACUGAAGUCAGCGACAUUGACAUCUACAAGAAGGCCAAGGACUUUGGCAUCGAGACCAAGCACAAGACUGUGGCCGUUCUGGCCCAGAGUAUCUUCGAUGACAAUAUCGCCAAGCAGGUUGAGGACCGCGCAUCUCUUUUGGCCAAGAUGAUCACCUCUGAGCGUCACGAGAAGGCCUUCCUCGGUGGUACUGAGCGCUUUGUUGGCCAGGAUCGCCCUGCCCUGAUCUCCCAGGUGCCCGCUAUCCUGCUCGCGUACUAUCAAAACGACCUGGUGUCCGAAGAAACCCUCAAGGCUUGGGGCUCGAAAGCGAGCAAGAAGUACGUCGACAUCGCCACCAGCAAGAAGAUCCGCAAGGCUGCCCAGCCCUUCCUGGAGUGGCUGGAGACCGCCGAGAGUGAUGACGAGGAGAGCGACGAGGAGUAA